AUGGCCGCCCCUCCACCAGUCGCUUUGGUGAUGCCGAUCCCAUGGUCGGAACCGUAUCCAUUCCAUGAUCCUCCAAAUGGCAAUCCUCGUCCAUUCCGGUGGUUCCCGCAGGUUACCUGGGAACAAGGCCAAGCACUGGAAGAGUUUUUCUCGGACCUGUGUGAACCAAACGUCUUCCCACGCGCCGUCAAGACCAACACCAAGGUCGCUUUGAACGCAAUGAACUACGAAACACAGCAACAGGUGAACACCGGAGCUUGGGCCUGGUUCUGGGGGAUCGAAAGGACUAGCCGCCAUGUCAACUUUGAUAAGCCCGGCCAAAUGAUCUGGGACCUUGACUGUGCGUGGACCUCUGUAGUCACGCACCCCGAUCGAACCCAUGCGAGCUCCACGUGGCACGAUACAGGUGUUGGAUUAGUUGCAGAGAGAGCGGCACGCCAGCUAGAGGUGCAAAACUUUUGGUCCAACGCUACGACGAACAACUUCGUUGGUUGCCCCGGUUUUGGAAACCCUGCCAUGUCCUUCAUGGGAUAUUACGGGUUCGACAAUGUUAACUACCUAACGCGUGCAGUAUUUCCUCUCAGAAAUCUAAGCCGGACGCUAUUUCAAUGUAUGGGCUGGGGUUGCAGCCUUGCGGGCCUAGCCAAUGACCCGAACCCGGUGGGCCUCCUCCCCAACGAUGAUGCCACGGCCAGUGGGUUCCCAAUGUUAUCGCGCCUCUACACAAUCCUCUUCUCGAUCUUGCAUGGCAACGUAAGGGCUCUUGGCUUAGGAACAUUUCCUAACGGCACCCACAACCUCACGGUAUCCGACAACAUCAGGGCUCGUUAUGGCAGCAGAAAUCUCAUCAACCCAACUUGGACAAGAUACAUCUCUAACUACAUAGACAACUACCCAGGGCUCCCAUAUCCUGCUAUUGGACUGGAGCCUUACAACUUUGCUCUUACAAGAUAA